UUGAGCAGCCUUCUUAAACACAGUCUUCUGCCGAAGCUCCGCUAGCGCUAGGACCAGGCCCUGAAUACCUUGAUGCUCCAGCCCGAGAUUUGCCUCAUCCACUCCAAGAACUCUUUUCUUCCGUUGUUGCUCUGUUUUCGCUGGCGCAUUUCUCAACCUUUUCGCCAACCGACGAUAACUCGGCGCAAAAUGGGUGGAUAUAACGACGCCAGACCAACACACUCAUGAGUAUUUGUUCACAUGAAAGGGAACUUGACUGAACACACGAACAGGCCUUAUGCGAGUGGUACUUGUGCUGUUUACUUCGCAAGCGAGGGCCCUCUGCACAUCCCCAGCUCACUCCUCGAUGAGAAUUUGAAGCAAGCUGCACAGUUCAGAGAUGACGACUCUUCUCAUCCUCUAUCCGAGUUGUGGCUGGACGAGAUCAAGCUCAACGCAGGUCAUGUCAUCAUUCACUAUCUCGUCACGGGUACAUACCAGUGCCUCCAGCCACAGGAGAAAGAAUACGAGAAGAGGGUUUCAGCCGAACUAGCUACUGCUAUUCGUGUCUAUGUCGCCACUGACAGUCUGUCCUUGCCCGCACUCCGCGAAAUGGCCAGAGUGGAGAUCGUUCACCUCGGCGAGUAUCUUAAUUUACCUGCCCUGAUCAAAGUCAUGGAAGAAGCUGCCCUGUCCUUUGACGCGAACCCUGGAAUUGCCACCUAUGUCCAAUCGCGAGUUUUGUCUUACUCCCAGGACGAAAUAAUCCAUGGUUCAGACAAGGCUGAUGAGACACUGGAUGCGGUGGGUGUUCCGGACUCUUUGAGCAAGGUCUUAUUGCGAAGCAUCUUGCUCGCCAAGGCCUCCGAAGAUCGUCAGAAGAAAGAGCCGAACUAUCAACUUUCCGGCUUGGGAUAUGCUGCGCUUGAACUGCGCACGACCGAAGAGGCCAUGGAACGAACCGAAAAGAAAGCGCUCAGAAACGCUGAAGCUGCCUGCGAGGAAGAAGAAAUUCAACAGCUCAAGGAAAAAAAGACAAACGGAAGAGCCUUGCGCCCGGAUCUUGAGCGGCUUCAAACUCUUACGCACAAUGCCGAAAAGAGGGCCCAGGAAGAGUCAAUGGAGAGAGCGCUGGACGCCCAACGUUGGCUUUAUAGCAGAAAUUCGUCCAUCCCACAUCCUAUUCCUGAACAAGAUCACGGUGCGGCAUCUUCAAAGCCAAUGUUAAUCGCUAUAGAUGCCAAGGUUCGCAGACUCGUAUCCGUUUCAUUCCGAACGUUGUCUGAAGCUCUCGAGACCGGGUCUUUCGAGCGACCUGAACAAUGUGGCAAUGAGGCCGACAGCGAUCACAGCUUGACUGAUCAGCCCACCUGGCUCCAGCAAGGGUUCAUCAGAGUCUAA